AUGAAGCGUAAAUUAUGUGCGACUCCAACUUUUACGUGUGACGACGACAUGGAGCAAUUAAAUGUGGCAGCUCUAUCACACCGCAAAGAAUCAGCGGCACCGCUAACAGCAGACAGAGACGGCACGAUCUUCCGUCACGCUCUCACCUACCCGCUCGCUUUGGUACUUCGACUUCGAGUAUUACAGAUCGUAUGUGGCAUAUCUACUAUGGUUAUGGGCAGCGUGGCGUUUAUAGAAGAAAGACAGAAAUUCAACAUGGGUCUAGGUAUUCCCGCUGGAAGUCUCAGUGUUUUAGCUGCCGCUGUUUCAAUACACACAUCUCGCGGUUGGGGAGUCACUAGUGGAGCUGGCGCGGGAGCUGCAGUGGCACUGCUAUGGGCGGCUUCAGGAUGCCUUUUGGUUGCUUUGAUCGUACAAUGUUGUAGGACGAUAAUAGAUCCACCAGGAUUUGAUCACGGAGACGGUUCCGAAGAAGACUCGAAGCCAUCAUCGCGCGAUUUAGUUGUAAUCGCUUGUGUACAAAUAACUUUAGCAGCAGCUACACUUCUCAGCGCAGUGGUAUGCGCACGCAUCGACUACAGUGCAUGACGCGAGCCACCGGGCGCGCUUACGCGACGUCGCAUAAGCGAAGCGCCCGCUCCCGCUCUCGCCUCCGCUCCUAACGUACCGCCACCCGAUAACGUAGAACGCGAAAAGGGAGGGCGUGUCGCAUGGCUUAUAUAAACUUUUAUUAUACCAUUAUUCAUCGUACAGUUAAUGGUUUUAUUAGGUUGUGCUUGACGCGCAGUUGAUGUGGGAUUUAAAACUUUCGUCAUAUCGUUGAAGACUGUUAAUUAUGGUGAUUAUUAUGACUGUCUUUGAGUAAACUUAUUACAACCACUCU